GUGUGUGUCUAUAUAUAUAUAUGUGUGUGUGUGUGUCUUCCAUUACAGAUCCCUUUUAUUGCUAAUAAUGUAGUACUACAGAGUAUUAUGUUAUUGCUCAAAAAGUCUGGCUUAUCUUUCAGAUAACUUGGCAACUUGGGCUAACUCAGAGAACAGAGCGAUCCAUUCGUCCAUUGUCGGUGCUUUGUCUGUUUCCAAGUUUGAGCAAACAAUAGCUUCGACAAUAGUCCCUGGCAUCAUUUGCUGGGAACGUGGAAGCUUUUGUUUUGUAACAGGUGCUGUGCCUAUUUGAGGGUGAGCAUUUGGCUCCCUUUAAAGGCUGGACUAGAGGCUGGAGAAGACUGUUUGCUCAUCGGCAUGUGAGAAACACCCAUAAGAAUAUAGUGGAGUGCAGUGAAGAUAUUGCAAGACGGGUCCGAGAUGACAGGCACUAUGGAGAAUGCCACCCUCUUCCUGCUGUCCUUGAACUCCAGCAGCAACUCCUCCGACCCGGACUGCGGCGAGGAAGACCAUCCCUAUAAAUGCAAGUUCGACGAGGACUUCAAGUACAUCCUCCUGCCCGUCUCCUACAGCAUCGUCUUCGUGGUGGGCCUCUGCCUCAACCUCCUGGCCCUCUUCAUCUUCAUCUUCCGCAUCAAGACCUGGAAUGCCUCCACCACGUACAUGUUCCACCUGGCCGUCUCCGACACCCUCUACGUGGUUUCGCUGCCGCUCCUGGUCUACUACUACGCCAUGGAGGACAACUGGCCCUUCAGCGUGGGCUUGUGUAAGAUCGUCCGCUUCCUCUUCUACACCAACCUCUACUGCAGCAUCCUCUUCCUCCUCUGCAUCAGCGGACACCGCUUCAUGGGCGUCUGCCUCCCGCUGAAGUCCUUAGAGUGGGGACAGGUCCGUUAUGCCCGCUGGAUAUCUGCCAUCGUUUGGCUGGUGGUCAUCGCCUGCCAGUCCCCGGUGCUUUUCUUCGUCACCACCAGCCAGCGGUGUGACAAAAUCACUUGCCACGACACCUCGGCCCAGGAGCUCUUUGGCCAGUUUAUCAUCUACAGCUCCAUCAUGUUGGUGGUUCUCUUCUGCAUCCCCUUUUUGCUCAUCAUCAUCUGCUACUGCUUGAUGGCACGCCGGCUUCUUCAGCCAACUCGAGGGAUGACCCGCAUGUCCAACUCCAAGAAGAAGUCGGUCAAGAUGAUCGUCAUCGUCUUGGUGGUCUUCAUCGUGUGCUUCUUGCCCUUCCACGUCACCCGCACCUUGUACUACUCCUUCCGCAACUGGGACUUGAGUUGCCCGACCCUCAACGCCAUUAACUUGGCUUACAAAGUCACCCGGCCCUUGGCGAGUACCAACAGCUGCAUAGACCCUAUCUUGUACUUUUUGGCGGGGCAGAAAUUUGUGAAAUUUGCCUGCCCGCAAGCGCCGGCCAAGGACUCCAACCAAUCCGACUCCAACAAUACGUCCAAUUGCCACACACGGCGGACCAGAGACCAUUUAGCCAUGAAAGCCAAGACCGUGGCCUCUUAACCGGUGGCAUUUUGGACUUCCGCCGCUCUGUAAAGUAUUACCUAUCUACCUAAAGAUGUUGGAGUCCCGUCCUGUAAGAAGGAUUUGGACUCUGAGACAAUGGGAAUAUAUUUCCUGCCCAUAUCAGCAGGAAGUGGUACAAAAGGUAGACAUGUGGACUUGAAGGAUGGAAAGAAGAUUCAAUGCUAAUCAUUUCCUAAACCCCCAAAAAUGGGAUUCUCAGCACUUGAGAAACGGAGUCAGGAAGAAUAAUAUCAAAGUGUGAAUUUUGUAUAGUUUUCUCGCAGUAUUCGCCCAGCCUUAAAAUUUGAGGAAAUAACUCUAUAUAGUAAAAUCCAAGAUUGGAUAUACAGGGCAUUAUAAUGCAUUUUCAAACUACAGUAGAGUCUCACUUAUCCAACAUAAACGGGCUGGCAGAAUAUUGUAUAAAGAAAUAAUUGCAACAAUGGCUAUAAUGUUUCAUUGCAUCCUUUAAAAGAUUAUUAGCAAAGGAUUACAUUUCCACCUCCCCAGUAUGCUGCAUAUGUACGCAUUUACUCUGGACACAUUUUCAUUAUACAGUAGAGUCUCACUUAUCCAACAUAAACAGACCGGCAGAAUGUUGGAUAAGCAAAUAUGUUGGAUAAUAAGGAGGCAUUAAGGAAAAGCCUAUUAAACAUCAAGUUAGGUUAUGAUUUUACAAAUGAAGCACCAAAACAUCAUGUUAUACAACAAAUUUGACAGAAAAAGUAGUUCAAUAUGCAGUAAUGCUAUAUAGUAAUUACUGUAUUUACGAAUUUAGCACCAAAAUAUCACGAUGUAUUGAAAACAUUGUCUACAAAAAUGCAUUGGAUAAUCCAGAACGUUGGAUAAGUGAGACUCUACUGUAUAUUAAAUGGCCUGUUUAGGUCAUACAUCAGGUAUGGGCAAACUUUGGCCCUCCAGGUGUUUUGGACUUCAACUCCCACAAUUCCUAACAACCGGUAGGCUGUUAGGAAUUGUGGGAGUUGAAGUCCAAAACACCUGGAGGGCCAAAGUUUGCCCAUGCCUGCCAUAUAGUGCAGUUAUAUGGUCGCAUAGAUUCAGCCCAAGUCUCUUUUGCUUUUACUUUUGCACCAAAAUCGGAAGUUUGCACAAAAACAUCGCUUCGUUGUGUUGUUUUUGCUUGUUGCAAAAGUCUAUGUUUUUGCACACAUCAAGAGAUGUUUUUGCACGAAAUACAAAUACAUAUAUUGCACAUAUACAGACAUAUUUUUUGCAUAAAACACAUGGAUAAUUUUUAAUGUGGGUUUUUAUUUCGACUGAAAAACAAAACACAACUAAUUUCGAGAUGUACAGUAGAGUCUCACUUAUCCAACAUAAAUGGGCCGGCAGAAUGUUGGAUAAGCGAAUAUGUUGGAUAAUAAGGAGGCAUUACGGAAAAGCCUAUUAAACAUCAAAUUAGGUUAUGAUUUUACAAAUGAAGCACCAAAACAUCAUGUUAGGCAACAAAUUUGGCAGAAAAAGUAGUUCAAUACGCAAUAAUGCUAUGUAGUAAUUACUGCAUUUAUGAAUUUAGCACCAAAAUAUCACGAUAUAUUGAAAACAUUGACUACAAAAAUGCGUUGGAUAAUCCAGAAUGUUGGAUAAGCGAGUGUUGGAUAAGUGAGACUCUACUGUAUUUCCAUCUGUCUUUGAGCCAAACCAAAUCUUUCCCCCCAAGAAUCGCUCUCUAGUUCAGUUCUUCACAGGAAUGUUCAAUUUCUCUCAAAGCAGGGAAAAUUAUGCCAAUUACUGGUUCUCAUAGAAGAAAUAGUAGAAGAUUUAGAUCCCCAAGAAAAUCAUCACUUUAUGAGUUUAAAAAAAUAGUUACUAUUAAAUGUAUUUUCCAACUUGGCAUGCUGAAAACAAAACAGAAAGAAAUUUGGUACUCGAAAAUAAAUGCAGAAGGAAUGGUCUUCCUUCUACAAAAUUUUGAAUAUUUGUGCAUGCCGUGAAUGGCAAUGUAGUGUAGUAGACAAAAACAAUGAGUUUAGACCUAAUUUGUAUAAACAAUAUAUCCUUUUAGAGUGCAUCUACAUUGUUGAAUUAAUCUAGUUUGACACUAUGUUAACUGUUAUGGCUUAAUAUUAUGGAAUCCUGGGAGCUGUAGUUUGGUGAGGCAACAGAAUUCUUUGCCAAAGAAGGCGAAAAACGACAGCACCAUCGCACUGAGUGAUGGCAAACUGCAUUAAUUCUACAGUGUAGAUGCAACCCUAGAUUUAUGUGCUGACAAAGGCUUCCAUGGCCGGAAUCACUGGGUUGCCAUGAGUUUUCUGGGCUGUCUGGCCAUGUUCCAGAAGCAUUCUCUCCUGACAUUUUGCCCACAUAUAUAGCAGGCAUCCUCAGAUGUUGUGAGGUCUGUUGGAAACUUGGUUAUUUGAGUUUACAUAUCUGUGGAAGGUCCAGGGUGGGAGAAAGAACUUUUGCUUGGGCCAAGUGUGAGUGUUGCAAUUGGCCACCUUGAUUUGCUUUGAAAAGCCUUGAUUGUUAUUCAUUGUUUUUGAUGAAUCACCUGUUUUUAUUGUUCCUGGGUGACUCCAUUUGUGGGUGGAAAGGGGGACAGUGUCAUAUAUCUGUAUGCCAAAAGUCCAGACUUUGGCUGCAAUCUUUUAUGGUCCAACAUAGCAUACUAGUUCCACAUGAUUUACCUUUGGUCCCAUCUACGCUGACCAUGUCAUGCAAUUUGGAGCUAACUUCAAACUCCGAUGGCUAGAACACAAAUUCCCACAAAAGUAUGCAAAAGAAAGCCCUUAAUGUGCAUCUGCAUUCUGUGGUUUGUGCCAUCACCAUCUGAGCCUCAAACUGGUUCUAGGAUUUCCUAUUGUAGUCAUCUGCACAGCAAAGCCACUCUCUUCCAUACUGGUUUGAAACUGCCUUAAAUGGUCAGUGUAGAUGGGGCCAUAGCCCAGCUCCCAAAGGUUCCUUGGGUGGUAGAGAACAAAAGGAAAGAAACUGGAGAAGUACCUGGCUAUGUUCCUGUAGCCAGAUGUAAAAGGAAUACAUCGUGUUCUGAUUGGUGAUGAAAUCAUUUUGCAUCUGGUUUCAGAAACAUAACCAGAAAUGUGUUGUCAAAGGCUUUCAUGGCCAAAAUCAUUGGGUUGUUGUGAGUUUUCAGGGCUGCGUGGCUAUGUUCCAGAAGUAUUCUUUAUGUGGGCGAAAUGUCAGGAGAGAAUACUUCUGGAACAUGGCCAUACUGCCCGGAAAACACACAACAACCCUAUAACCAGAAAUGUAUUGUCAAAGGUUUUCGUAGCCGGAAUCACUGGGUUGCUGUGAGUUUUUCGGGCUGUAUGGCCAUGUUCCAGAAGCAUUCUCUCCUGACGUUUUGCCCACAUCUAUGGCCAUAGCUUAAGUGGCUGAGGGUGAAUAAAGAAAGGGCCUGAGGUUGUUAGGAAUGGUAGGGCUUGAAGUCCAAAACACCUGGAGAGCCAAAGUUUGCCCAUGCCUAUUCUAAACCAACUUCUGCAGGUUGGAGGUUGAUCAUAAAGUCAUUAGAGAUCAUUAGGGGGAUCUGUGAGUGAUCAAACCCAAAAGUCCAACCUGCCAAUAGGGAAGUCCAACCUUAUUUUGGCCAUUGUACAAUGGAGGCAUUCAGUUCAGAGUGGCUCAAGGGUCCCCAUUUCCAAGAAACCACAAGACCGGAGCCAUUGAAGCAAUGACAUUUCUCUUCCUUGUUGACGCAACCCAUUCAACAACGGAUGAAGUGCAUCUACUCAAUUUGGUCCUCACCACAAGUGGAUCACAAUCUGUCACUUGUAAUUUUGUGAGUGGUGUGUACUUAUUCGUCAGUGCCGCCACUGUAUCCCUUGAUUCACUAAGGAUGCCGAAACAACCUCUUUUCAUUCUCCAUUGUUCCGAGUGACGGUAAAUAGGUGCAUUGACACAUCCGCCUUUGGUUGCCCAAUGCUGGCAUUCAACAAAAUGGCAAUGCUGGUCAACUACGGUGUAACUACAUGACUCUGGAUCCACACUACACAAGCACAACAAAGGGUGCAUCUCCACUAUAAUGCAGUUUGGCACCAGUUUAGCUGCCAUGGCUCCAUGCUAUGCAAUACUGAGAUAUCUAGUUUUGCAAGGUCUUUACCCUUCUCUUCCAAAGAGUGUGGGUUCCUCACCAAACUACAGUUGUCAUAAUUCCACAGCAUUGAGCCAUGGCACUUCAAGUGGUGUCGAACUAUAUUGUUUCAACAGUGUAGAUGCAAUUUUGCUUUUCCAGAGGCCUUCUUCUGAACAUAUUUGUAGGUUUUGAACCUUUUUGUGGAAGGAAUGGAUGGAUAUCGCCAUGUUCAUCCACAGCUUUUGAAACUUCUUGGUUUGACUACUGUAAAGCACUUUACGCAGGGCUACCACUUGAAGGCAACGCAUUGAAGUCUUUGCUCCUCAUCCUCAAUGGGAGAAGUAAACCUUCGGGUGCAUCUACAUUGUAGAAGUAGUGCAGUUCGACACUACUUUUAUGCCCCUAGCUGAAUGCUAUGGAAUCCUGAGAGUUGUAGUUUGGUAAGAUACCAGUACUCUUUGGCAGAGAAGGUCUUAUAAAACUGCAGCUGCUGUGAUUCUAUAGCAUUGGUCCAUGGCGAUUUAAGUAGUGUCAAACUGCAUUAAUUCCACAGUGUAGAUGCACAAAUUUACUCUGUAAUAGCUCCAAGGCUUUGGGAUGACCAGCCUUUUGAAACGAAUCACUUUCCCUCUUCUUUGUAUAGCAGACCCAUCCAAAAACCCAGAAACUAUAAUAUUUAUUUCAGCAAGUUUGUGAUUGAAUUGGUCCUUUUUCACUCUGUUUGUAUAAUGAUUGUUUGCAUUUUUGUCUUCUGAUUUCACAAUCUUAAUGAAAUUGUGUUUCAACCUGGUAUGCUGCGUCAAGAAGAAAAGUAGCCUACUGACAAUUUAAAUAAAAUUGUUGUUCUUAACAAUGA